AUGAAAGGCAAAAUGGAUGUUUUAAGAUGCAAUUUUCAAUUUUUUAUAAGCAAAAAUUGUAUAUGCUAUUGUAUAGUUAUUUAUUUGAUUUUAUUUACUUUGUGCUACCUCUCCCAUUCAGGUUUUAUUUGUAAUUGCAUUUUAUAUACUCAUUUAAAUGCCUUUUCAGUGUUCCUCGUAAUUUAUAAUUUCAUGGCCGAGAUUUCAAAACAGCUUUUCAUUAAAUUUAUCCUAGGCGAAAUGACUACAGUAAUUUCCAGUUACAUAAUUUUUCAUGUUGAGCCAAAAGAGUACAUGUUGCACUUUAAAAAUGUGUCCUAUUCAUUUUGA